AUGGACAAGAUUAACAUAUUGUUCAUGCUCAUAUGGGGCAUAGUCGUGGCAGAACCUCCAGUACCUUCAUACUUACCACCAUCACAAAACGGAUAUGCGAAUGGAGGACCUAGUCCAGCUUAUGGUCCACCUGGCUACCAGCCAGGAACACCAAUAGGUCCAAACGGUAACGGUAAUGGAAAUGGUAACGGAAAUGGUAAUGGAAAUGGAAACGGCAAUGGAUAUCAAGGUCCUGCUUAUCUACCACCUGUGAACGGAAACGGCUACGAUGUAGACAGCGACCAAGUACCUGGAUCAAGUUAUCUUCCACCCAACGGAAACGGAAAUGGAGCACCCAGCGCCACUUACGGAGCUCCAGCUGCCAGUUAUGGUCCUCCAAGUACCACUUAUGGCGUGCCAAAUGGUAAUGGAAAUGGAAAUGGUAAUGGUAAUGGUAAUGGAAAUGGUAACGGUAACGGUUAUAGAAACGGAAACGGAAAUGGUAACGGUUAUAGAAACGGAAACGGAAAUGGCAACGGAAAACCAAGUGUAACAUAUGGCGCACCAAAUGGUAACGGUUAUAGUAAUGGAAACGGUAAUGGUAAUGGUUAUUCUAACGGAAAUGGUAACGGCAACGGUAAUGGAAGACCAAGCUCAACAUACGGUGCUCCUACCAAUGGUAACGGAAAUGGUAACGGCAACGGUAAUGCAAGACCAAGCUCAACAUACGGUGCUCCAACUAACGGUAACGGAAAUGGAGUAAGUCCAGUUUAUGGCCCACCAAAACCUGUAUAUGGCGCUCCCAAUGGUAACGGAAAUGGCAAUGGCAAACCACCAAGUCCAGUAUAUGGUGCUCCAAAUGGGAACGGAUAUAGAAACGGCAACGGCAAUGGCAACGGUAACGGCAAUGGCAACAGUAACGGAAAUGGUAACGGUAACGGAAAUGGAAGACCAAGCUCCACAUACGGUGCUCCAGCUAACGGUAACGGUAAUGGAGUAAGUCCAGUUUACGGUCCACCACAACCUGUAUAUGGUGCUCCCAAUGGUAACGGAAAUGGAAACGGAAAUGGUAACGGUAACGGAAAUGGAAAAGCACCAAGUCCAGUAUAUGGUGCUCCAAACGGUAACGGAUAUAGAAACGGCAACGGCAAUGGUAACGGUAACGGAAAUGGAAAAGCACCAAGUCCAGUAUAUGGUGCUCCAAAUGGUAACGGAUAUAGAAACGGCAAUGGUAACGGUAACGGUAACGGAAAUGGAAAAGCACCAAGUCCAGUAUAUGGUGCUCCAAAUGGUAACGGAUACAGGAACGGCAAUGGUAAUGGUAACGGAAAUGGAAAUGGAAAAGCGCCAAGUCCAGUAUAUGGUGCACCAAAUGGUAACGGAUAUAGAAACGGCAAUGGUAACGGUAACGGUAACGGAAAUGGAAAAGCACCAAGUCCAGUAUAUGGUGCUCCAAAUGGUAACGGAUACAGGAACGGCAAUGGUAACGGUAACGGAAAUGGAAAUGGAAAAGCGCCAAGUCCAGUAUAUGGUGCUCCAAAUGGUAACGGAUAUAGGAACGGCAAUGGUAAUGGUAACGGAAAUGGAAAUGGAAAAGCGCCAAGUCCAGUAUAUGGUGCUCCAAAUGGUAACGGAUAUAGAAACGGCAAUGGCAAUGGUAACGGAAAUGGAAAUGGAAAAGCACCAAGCCCAGUUUAUGGAGCUCCUAACGGCAAUGGCAACGGUUAUGCCGACGGUAAUGGAAACGGAAAUGGUUAUUCAAAUGGAAAUGGAAACGGUAAUGGCUAUACCAAUGGAAAUGGUAAGGUUAAUGGAAAUGGAAAUGGAAAUGGUAACGGAUAUACUAAUGGAAAUGGUAACGGUUAUUCUAAUGGUAAUGGUAACGGAUAUAGCAACGGAAGACCAGGACCCAGUUACUUGCCACCCACCAACGGAUACAGCUACGAAGGACCAGAAGAAUCCACUGAAGUCGCUAAGUACGAAUUCGAGUAUGAGGUGAACGAUCCAGAGUCUGGCAAUCUGUUUGGACACAAAGAACAGAGAGACGGUGACUUGACAACAGGCGAGUACAAUGUAUUGUUACCAGAUGGCAGAAAACAGAUUGUGUCAUACGAAGCUGACACUGAUGGUUACAAACCCACCGUUACAUACGAAGAAAGCAGCGAAAAUGGCAAUGGUUACCCACGUGGGCCAAAUGGUAAUGGUAACGGCUCUUCCAACGGCAAUGGUUACGCCAAUGGCAAUGGAAAUGGAAAUGGUAACGGAUACUCAUACUGAAUGCGAAAAAAUCACCACCCUUACAUACCGAACAAUAAGUAAACUGAGGGACCUGAAUAUUUGCCUUUAUCCAUGACAACUUUCAAAUUUUUUAUUCAUAGAGAACGAGAAUUUCAGACGAGCAAAACCCUUUCCUAUUUUUCAAAUUAAUUUACAACACUUUCUGAACG